AUGAAAGCAUUAGUUGCCUUCAGAACCAAGCUUCUCACACCAUGCAGGAAAUUCCUUCGAAUCUUCAGGCUAAAGCUCAGAAAACCCCUCUCUAUAAAACCCCUCAAAGCCCUUCGAUUUGCUCGUCCUCAUCGUCGUCGUAGGGUCAACUCAGCACCACCCAAACCACCCACUUCCUUCCUCUCGCUCUUCCGUAGUCGUCGCCAUAGAAAGAUGGACAGAAUGAUGGAGCUCAGGAGUACUGUGUCUGAGGCAGAACCGAGGGACAGGAGGAACCUGUUAACUUCUCCGGUCACCCCGGCUUACAUCAAGGCCUUGAGGUCCGGGAGCCGGUUUGGGGAUGAAGCGGUCGAAGAUGCGUGCAGAAGCUUCGAGAACUACUUGGUGGAGAUGAUUGUGGAGGAAGGGAAGAUGAGGGACCUGAUGGAUGUUGAGGACCUUCUCUAUUGCUGGAAGAGCCUCAAGUGUCCUGUCUUCAUUGAUCUGGUCUGCACUUUCUAUGGUGAGCUCUGCAAGGAUUUGUUUGCUCCCGAUCACAAUGAGAUCGAAAUUCACACGACCAGUUCGUCUGGGUAG